AUUUGUCUUUCGACCGACGAAACGUUCAUUUCAGUUUAACUAUUGAGGAUAUCAUGUCUAUUGAAUAACAAUUUUAAUUUAUAACUCAUAAGGCUAUAAUUCUGCUUACUCAAAAUGGAGCUCUUUCAAACAAAAUUCAUUGCUGAAACAAAAGAACAGUUUUUUGAGACGUUCAACUGGAGCCAAUGCAAUCCCUUUGAUUGUAAAGUAGAGCACUUUAGAAAAUUAAUUAACUAUUUGAACUCAGUUGUAUUUUUUGAAUUUUCUCUUCUGAAAAAUAAAUCUAUGAGUUUACUCCGAAUCAUCGUUAGUGUUGUAGUUCUAACAAAGUUUGUAAACAUAUUCACGCAUUCAUACGCAUCUUAUGUGACUGUAUCAUUCCUCGAAUUCGAUACAUACUCUCUCGAAGCUCUAAUAAGUUUGUAUUAUUAUUAUUGUGUAGCCACGUGUGUGUCAUUGGUUUACAUUUGGAAACGUAAGUCAAUAAAAAUGUUUCAAGUUAUUCAAUUGCAUCUUCUGGUCAUGCACAAUUAUCCAAAUGAAGAUUUAAGCCUUAGAAUGCGAGUACCAAUGUCAUGGGGAUAUAACUUUACAAAGUUUUGCAAUUCCCUUUUAUUUGUAUUUGGUAUAAUUUCAAGUUUGUGGAUCUUUCAGUCGAAACCCUUAGCAUCCGAAAUCGACGAAUACAAUUGGCUAAAGAAGUACCUUCCACAUGUUUCUGAUAGAUAUAACUUGAUGUUAUUUCAGUCCAUCAUUUUAUUUAAUGCAUCGUUAAUUUUACUAUCCUUAUUUUGGACAAACUACAAUGCGUAUUCAUCAUUUUUAAUUGGGCUAUUCAAUACCAUAACUCAACGAUUGAACCGUGUGAAAGAACGUUACUAUUACGGAACAGAUGACGCGGGCCAAUCAUUUACCGAAGAAUUGAAGAGCAUCAAAGAGCAUCACCAAAAAAUAAUGAGUACCUUGAAAGAACUUAGAAAUUUUUUCAACCAGUUGUACAACGUGUUAAGUAUGUUCAUCGUGAAAACUCUUGCUUCAAUAUUAAUUUUCUGCUGUUUACACCCGGAUAACCGAUACGAAGUGUUCGGUUGCGCUACGAUCAUCUCGCAAUUGGGAGCUAGCCUGGCAUAUUUACUCGUGGUACAUCUCAUGUCGAGGAGGCUAAUGCGCAGCUCUUACAGAAUCGCUCACACAGGUUCCAGUUUGUACGACGAGCGUGAAUUGACCAAGGAAAUGAUAGAAUUGCUCGAGCCUAUUGCACAGCUGGCAACUGAGAACAUUGAUUCAAAGGCUGAAGUUUGGAUAAUGAGUGUUUAUUCGUUCUUUUUCAAAGUUUUAUCGUUCCUUUGCCCAUGUCUUAAAAGCACAAAGUUCUAUGAGGAAUUCACACCCGAACCUGGAGCUCUGGAAGUCGAUAUGCAUGUGAGGGAAGGUUUUUAAUAACCGCCGAGGGACUUAUUCUUGAGGCUGGCGUCAGCUUCGUCUCCGAGCCGAUCCGAGCCAACAUCAACCACGUCGGGUGGGACAACAUUGGUCUCUUCGUCGCACAGCUCGCUGACCUCGGCGGCCGAGGGU